CAUGGUGGUAAUUUCGGACUGGGUGCCAGAGACUGGGAUCCAACUUUUGGCGGAGUAUGGACCGGAGAGAUUGCCGGAAAGGUCCCAGGCACGCGCCAGAAUAGCUCCUUCCAUAUUGGUCACUGAUCCUCCACUUCCGAGAACAUAUCCCCUUCCCCCUCGCCGCUUUUCUCGUACAGCGGCGGGAGCGAACGUCCGCCCAUACCCUGCGUCUCGUCCUUUGAUACCCUACUCUCUCAGCGUCCAUCGUCUUGCUGCUCAGCGUUCUUCGUUCAAGUACAAGGGUGGCGAGAUGCAAGACAGAGACCACGACGCGUUGCCAUUGCCUAGAAGCUCGACGGCGGACGCACUUUCGGGCAACACACUGCUCGUGGCGGCAACUCUUACCGCCAUUUUUCUUGCAGGGUCUGCGAUGGUGUAUCGCAACCGUCCCCAGUUCGGCUACAAUUCCAGUGGAAGAGAGCAGGCUCCUUCAAGAAGGAUGCCUGUGGUCCUUGCGAACGUCGAUAGAGAGGAGGUUGUCCAUGGUGGCUUGCAGGAGAAGGCCGCAGGGUCUCUGGAUGCAGACAAUGCAUCCAAGUCAAACAAUGAUUCCGAGCCGAAGGAAGGGAAAACUGCACGUUCCAAGGAUCGCAGGAGGAGAGGCAAAGACCCUCUCAAGGAGAUCCUCAAGAGCGGCAAGAAGUUGAAGGGGUUUGAUGCUUCCACUCUCCCGUCGCCCAAGUCUACCUCCACCAAGCCGACUCAUCUCCAACGCGCCAGCAUUGACGAGGCGGACGAAUUUGGACCCCCAUCCCCUUCUACUUCUGCGCUACCCUCAGAAUCUAUUACCAGCACAGAAACAUUGCACGGUUCUUUGUCGCGCAAUGUAGGCAAGCGUGCCCAGCGCGAAAAUUCACGCGCGAGCAAUGGGGACGCUGCCUUACCGUCAGCAGGGAGCACCUCGGCUGGCCAUUCUCGCGGCACCUCCGAAGUUUCACAGAGUCGACGUCAGGAGUCCUCAGUCGAACUUCUUUCCCCAUCCCAGUCACACUCAAUUUCGUCGUCCCAUUCAUCCCAUGAACAUCACCGUUCGCAACCGACAUACGACCGGCCGCAAUCGCCCGCUGUGUCUGCCUCGGAGGGUGGGCGGAGAGUGGAACGCUCGCGUUCGCGUGGACGAGCCAGACGUCCAGCACUUGAAGAGGGAGGCGAGACGAGCGAGCGGGAAUCACUUGCUAUAGGUCAGGCACAUGAGGCUCGCUUGGCGGGUGACCAACAACCACGGAGCGAAUGCGAAACAGCCAGCAGCAUCCUCUCGCCCGCGAUGGCAUACAAUAACUCUUCCAGUAAUUCAUCGUGCGCUGGGUCGAUGACAACCUCCGCCAGCUUGUCCAUGACCCCUGCCACCUCUCCGACGCUCUCGCAGACCUCCAGCUUGUCGAAAUCCACAACGAGCCUUGCCCAACCCUCUUCUGACGCGAACCAAAAUUCCACCAACCCUGAUUUUGUACAACAUCAAAAGCGAGACGUGAACCCUGGCUUGUCCUCUCCGUCGCCCAUUCCGCCAAACUCAAAACCAGGCCCGAAUACAAAGUCAACAUCAAAGUCAACGACACACGAUUCCUUCCCUUCUUCCUCCUCUUCCAUUGAUACCCCACACCCAUUGACAGCAACGAGGUCUACGCCCACUGCUUCAGGCUCAGACUCAGCUAUGAAGACCAAGAAUGGCUUGCGCAAGGCGUCGACCCAAUCGGGUGCGGCCCACAGCAGCAUCGCCAACAAUGGGAAGACCAAAAGCAACCAGGCGCCGAGCCCGUGGGAUUGGGAUGGUGCGGGGGUUGAUAUAGCUGCUCCUGGACCCUCUUCGUCUUCGACUACCUCUCCUGUAAUGCCUGCGAAGACAAGCGAGAAGGAGAAGGAGUCGUACAAGAAGCCACCUCGUCUACAGGGCAAGGCCAACACGAAUUCAACGUACUCGUCCUUUUCUGCAGUCGCUGCUGCAGGUACCGUGACGGCAUCCACAACGCACCCUGCGUCGCUACACUCGCCAACGUUGACGAGUUUCGGGUCGACAAUGACUGCGUCAGUAUCAGCAAAUCCUGGCGGCAGCAGCCGUGGACGUUCGCCUCCACCGUCGGAGGAGGAGAUGGGCGUUGAGGAUAAGGAUAAAGAGACCGACGAGCCAUUUAUUUACCCUACGUUGAACCCUCCACCAACAAGUGUGUCCGGACCUAGUCGGCUACGGUCUUCGUUUGCCGAAAGUGGCGGCAAUAGCACCCCAUCCACGCCUAACCGUCGUACUCGACCACCUUCGCGGACUGGGAGCACGAGCACGCCUCCUCCAGGCAAUGCGCCGUCGUCUGUGCCACAGCGUGGCAACAGCGUUACAAGUGACGGCAGCUCAUCGGUGUUGUCAACGCAGACACAACUUGCGUCCCUGCGUGGUGCAUUGGAGGCGGCGAGGCUGAGAGAGGAGAAGAACAAGGCUGAUACGGAGCGGUACUUGAAGGAACUGGAGACGCUGAGGUGGGAGAAUGCGAACAGCAGGAGAGGGGAAGCCGAGCUUCAGGCCCAGGUUCGAAGUCUGACAUAUCAGCUGCAAAGUCUAUAUGCUAGUGCGGUCAAUGCCCAAAUCCUCCAGCAACAGCAAUCACGACAGCAAACUGGUGGAGCGGCCAACGGAAACGGAACGGGAGAUGGUGGAGAUUCAGGGUCGGGCAAUGAGUCCAGUGCUUCGACUUCUUCCGCUCCAAAUGGACAUUCUGCAGGGUCCUCAUCCUCUUCAGGCUCCGGCACAACCUCGACGCCCCACCCGCCACCUUCCUCCUCUUCGGCCACCAACACAUCAGCCCUGCCGAAGACACCCGGACAGCAACCGUCCCUCCCUGCGCCAUUGCACUUGCAUAUGCCCUCUGGUAUGCAGAUGAACGGCAUAACCCCCCCUGGAGGCUCAUUUUCUGGUGUACUAAGUUCGAUGGUUCCUCCUAUUCUUCCUGGUUUAGUCGCUCCAUCACCUUUCCUCCCUUAUGGUCUGCUUCCGCCCCCACCUCAUGCCUUCUUCACUCAGCAGUUACAGAAUAUGCAGCAAUACCAACAGCAGAGCCCAACGCUGCCACAUGCCCAACCAAACCUAUUCUCGCCGAUGCUCUUCCCUCCGCAGGUGCCUCCGACAGGGAUGAUGUCACCACCACAGCAGCACCCACCAUUCGGUUACGGCUUUGGGUACCCACCACAACAUCCCGCUACAGCGGCAGCAACGAACACUAGCUUAGCUGGUGGUAUUCAUAGAAGUGGACCGUCCAGUGUUGCUGGUACCUCGAGCACUGGAUCGGGCUCUCCCGAGUUGAACGGGUCGCCAAGUCUCAGUGUCGGUAAGAAGAAAAGGAUACGUACGAGAAACAGAGCAGUGAAUGGACGAAUGCCUGUCUGGGAAGAAGGCUCUGGGGCCGAUGGGUGGAUAGGCGGUAUUGAGAAGGAGGAGGGCGCUGCAGUGGAUGGCGAUGCAGCAGGUGGGGCACCCGCAGAAGCUGAGGAUGGAGAAGACGAUGACGACGCUCACAGCGAGGGAGGAUUCAAUGAACUCCUAGCUGACGCAAUUCUGAAACGACCGGGCAGCAUCCGCGUCCGCUCAAGUUCGCGGAAAGGCAAGCUUUCUUCGUCGACUGCAAGUCUAGAAAAGGACGGGAAAGAAGAGCCGGUUGACCAGGAGAAAGUGGACGAGGUUAUGGAGCAACUCACCGAGUUCACCUUUCCUUCGAUCUCGGAUUUGGGCAACGUGUAUUAUCGCAGCGGAUCCAGGGCAGGAACAGAGGAAAAUAGCCUGUCCUCCUCUUUGCCUUCCUUGCCCUCUUCUCCACCGAUCACUUCAUCUAUUCCUCUUGACGUGGUCGUCGCUCUGGAGAUGGAGGAAGACCGAAGCCAUCUCCCGCCUGUGGUAGAGGCUGCUAAACAGAUCCAUGCCUUCUCCGAUGUCAAAAUCCUCGGACAACACUUCGAAGAACGCGAUACAGAACCGACGACCAUAUAUGCAACCUCGCCUUCAGGCCCUCAGCCGAGCUCCUACCCCGAUUCGGAAGCAACGCUUCGCAAAGAGGACCUGGAAUUGACUUCCCAAGACUCCUCGACGACGUCAAGCUCGACUGCACCAGAUCAACAGGAUCGGGGAUUGACCAUUCACCGUGCACAGGAAGCCGACGUCCCCUUCAUGCAGUA